ACGGCACAAAUCUUUUUUUCCGGCCGCGUGCUACCCACCAUGAACGUUCAUGAUAUUUGUCUCACACCUGCACCUACCAACCGGUGCCACCUGGCCCAUGCCGCACCGAACAUGCUUUGCAGCCGGCGUCCGUCCGUGUGCAAGCCUUAUCCGGCAAUCGAACCCCCCACCAUUUCCACCGACCUCGCCGCACCAAUGCAAUCCUGAUUCCUGAAUGCCAGUAGCCGAGCUGCGGCUGGGAUUGGGGGAACGAGCGGCAGCAGGGUGGCGCUCCCGGCACCGGGGAUGGCACCCAGGACGCGUUCCUGCGCCAGGUGCCUGGCCAGUCUCGUGCUCCCCGUCCUCUUCUUCUCCUCCCUCCUCUGCCUGUACACCAGGCCGCCGUUCAUCGACAUCGCCGUCCGCGAGGAGGCCGCCGCCGCCCGGAAGCGGCUGGUCGUGGGCCGCGCCGCUGACGCCGCGGAACCCAAUGCCAGUGUCAGUGUCAGUGUCGCAACGGACGCGGGGGCUCACGCCUCUGACGACGUUGCCGCCGUUGCAGCGGAGGGUGGUGACGGCGGUGUCCUGGCCGACGCGCCACCGGCAUCAAGCGAUGUCAAUGUCACGACGGAUAAGGUGCAGGUGACCGGCGGCAUCGCUGCCGUUGCGACCGAAGGCGGUGACGCCAAGGUCGUGACCAACGCACCCCCGGCGUCCGGCGAUGCCACCGCUGGCGCCGAAGUGCGCACGGAGGAGGUGAGUGCGUCGGACGGCGCGGCGGCCGCCGGCGGCGGCACGAGCGGCGAGGCUGACACCGUCGUGUUCGACUUCCGGCCGUACGUAUUCGUGUACAAGAGUGGGCGCGUCCACCGGUUCCACGGCACGGACACUGUCCCGCCCGGCUUCGACGCGCUCACGGGCGUCGCGUCCAGGGACGCGGACGUCGCCAGCGCCGGCGGCGUCCGCGCGCGGCUCUACUUGCCACCGAGGAGCCGGCGCGGCGAGAAGAAGAAGAAGAAGAAGCUGCCCGUGCUGCUCUACUUCCACGGCGGCGCGUUCGUGAUCGAGUCGGCGUUCUCGCCGCUCUACCACGCCUUCCUGAACAUCCUCGUCUCCAAGGCCGGCGUCGUGGCCGUGUCGGUUAACUACCGCCUCGCGCCGGAGCACCCGCUCCCGGCCGCGUACGACGACGCGUGGGCCGCGCUCCAGUGGACGGUGUCCAACUGCCUAUCAGGCCCCGAAACCUGGCUCGCCGACCACGGGGACGCCACGCGCAUCUUCCUUGCCGGCGACAGCGCCGGCGGCAACAUCGCCCACAACCUGGCGGUGCGAGCCGGAGCGGAGCGCCCGCUGCCCGGCGGCGCGGCCAUCGCGGGCGUCGCCCUCCUCAACCCGUACUUCUGGGGCAAGGAUCCGGUGGGCUCGGAGCCCGCGGAGCGGUGGGCGCGCGACGGCCUCGAGCAGACGUGGGCGCUCGUGUGCGGAGGCAGGUUCGGCAUCGACGACCCGCACGUGAACCCGCUGGCGGCGCCGCCGGCCGCGUGGCGCGCAAUGGCCGGGGAGCGCGUGCUGGUGACCAUCGCCGGAAGGGACAACUUCCGGGACCGGGCGGCGGCGUACGCGGAGGGUCUGGGGAGGAGCGGGUGGCGAGGGGAGGUGGAAACGUACGUGACGGAGGGGGAGGCGCACGCGCACUUCGUGGGGAACCCCAGGAGCAACAAGGCCCAGCGGGAGACGGACAAGGUGGCCCAGUUCAUCGCCGGCGGUGGCCGUGGCUAGGCCGAUGUCUGGCGUUUUUUUGGGGUCUUCAGCGAUGUGGUCCUGCCUGCUGCAUGUGAAAGUGCGGAUGCACAUGUAGGGCCGCAAUUUUUUUUUGUCCGUGUACAGCUUUCAACGCUAUUUUUGAGUCCUACAACUUUACUUUUAGCCCA